AUGCAAUUGGCUACAUUCUUGCUGGUCGCGCUCUUGUCGAUCUUCAACAUAUCAUUGGCAGCUCCCACCUAUCACCAUUACACCGUGAACCCUGCCAACCCUGCCCUGACCUGGCAUGUCUCCAACUUUUAUACCGGCUGCUCUCAUGGGGGCUGUGCCUACCGAUUCGAUAUUCUGGGAAUCGCCACUCCAAACACUCCCGGGUUCAACACUACGUGCAACGGCACCGACGUGGAGACAGACUACACCUUCUGCAGAGACAAACAUAUCAAAGCUAAAUUGACAGCUUUGAAGUCUCGUGCAUGGAAGGUCGAGGUCAUGCACGCUUGGUUCAAACCUGGAGCCGAAUUCUAUGCCGAGGGUUCGGCCAACGUCACAUCUUACAUGCGGAACUUUACAAUUCCUGUGACGGAUACAUACGGUGCUGCUUGA